AUGCUACGAAGCAUUGCAGAUAAUCCGCAUAAAUCUACACGCCCCGAUGCUGGAAUCAUCGCAGUGCAUGCCGCAGUGCCAGCAAACAUGCUCGCAGCAAUGCGCAUCGAAUUUGCCGGCUGCUCACUGCCAGCCGGCCUGUCGAACAUUAUGCCAACAAAACUGCGGUCAGCAGCAGCGCCAGGAGCAGUGUCAGAACUCUCCGAUGAUCCAGUGUUACUGUUCGCAGGGCUAUGCCCCGUGUGCCAAUGGAUCUCAGUGCUGUAA